GAAGAGAUACGGGAGGGAAGGAGCGGCACUGGGUAGGGAGUGACCGGCUGGGGUGGAGUGACUGAAGGAAACUGGUAAAUACAUCGACUGCUCAACACUCGCCCUCCUACCCUCGACAUGCUGCGCUCCUCAUUGUGUCCCUGAGUUCUGUUGAAGAGUCAAGUGCCUGAUGCAUUGAGUGACCUGCGCAGGAGUGUAGGCGAAUCAUGUGAGGGUGUGUGGCGGCGGCGGCUGAGACUCGGCCCUUGUGUGGGGGCGGCGCCACUCAUGACAACCUGGAGGCAGGAUGAUUUGAGUGUAAGAAAAUGUGUCCGCCAUGGCCUUUCCAAAGCCCAUGAAAGAGACAGCUCCCUUUCCUCUAGCAGCCCUCGUGGUCCCCAGCACCUGAGGGUAAGUUUCAGGUGUUGCUGGUGUGGGAGGUGUGGGCAGCCGUGGCAGCCAUGAUGCGCCUCCGCCGGCCUUCCAGCCUCCUCUGGGCUGCAGCGCUCACCUUCAUGUUCUUCCUUUACAUCGCCCUGCCCUCCAGUGCCCCACCAGAGCCUUGCCUGUGUGGCCAGCAGCAACACAGCCUGCCUCCCAAUGCCCUGCCCAAGACUCACCCUCUGGACAAGCACAAGUUGGCCCUGCUCAUCCCUUUCAGAGAUCGCUUUGAAGAGUUGCUUGAGUUUGCUCCGUUCAUUCACAAUUUCCUCAACAAGCAGCACAAAAACCAUCACAUCUAUGUUAUAAAUCAGGUGGACAACCUUCGCUUCAACCGUGCAUCUCUCCUCAACGUGGGAUUCUUGGAGUCCAGCGUAGACUGUGAUUACAUUGCCAUGCAUGACGUGGAUCUCCUUCCCCUCAACCCUGAAGUGAGGUACCAGUUUCCCGAAGAAGGGCCGUACCACGUGUCAGCGCCUCACCUCCAUCCAAGAUACCACUACCCGACCUUCAUUGGCGGCAUACUGCUGGUCAGGAGGGAGCACUUCCGGCAUGUGGACGGCCUGAGCAACAAGUACUGGGGCUGGGGCCUGGAAGACGACGAGUUCUAUGCUCGGCUCAAGGAAGCUAAACUGGAAAUCUUCCGCCCAGGGAACCUCACUUCAGGAAUAAAAGACACCUUCAGGCAUGUCCACGACCAGCGGCGGCGGCGGCGGGACAUGAUCAAGUGCUACAACCAGCAGGAGGUGACGCGUCACCGUGACCGCCACACAGGGCUGUCCACAGUGAAGUACAGCAUUCAGAGCAGGAAGGAGGUGACCAUCGAUGGUGCCCCAAUCACCAUCCUGAACGCUGUGCUGGAGUGCGACAAGGUCACCACGCCCUGGUGUGACUGCACUGAGAGCAUUGGCAACACUCCCAGGUCACAGCUUGCUCCCUCUAAGUCAGAAGAUGUGAUUGUCCCCAGACUGAACCGCAAGAAGCACCUCAGCCACGACGGCUGACUGCCUCCCCUUCCCCUGUCAGCAGCAAUUGUUAGUGAUGUAAUUAUUGGAUUUUGUUAUUUUUUUUAUAAAGACUAGCCAAUAGAAGCCAUGUUACAGUCAUAACAUUUUAAAUAUAAUUUAACCUACAUAACUACAAGUUGCAUAAUAAUAAUAUUAACUGAUAAAAGGUUGUUACAUAUAUUCAUAUGUAUAUGAUGAAGUGAAGCCUCACUAAUCAUUUCAGGUUCACGUGUCACACUCACUGUUACUUUGACAAUCCUCAGCUGGAGUCACACAGUUCACAUGUCACUGAUAGUACAGUCGCUUUCAACAAACACUGAUGCUCAUCUCACUCACCAUAUUUCUCAACUCACAACUAGAAACCAUUAUUUCAAUUAAAGUAUUUCUGUUACUAUUCUAAUUAUUAAGUUUUCCACCAACUCUGUCACUUUAGAAACAGUAUUAUGUUUGCCACGCACACACCACGGCCGGUAUGUACAGUACAACUCUAUUCUCCUGCACAACACGGCAAGGAGUCUUGUUACACAGCAUUUAUAUCCUCUUAUGAUGUUCAUUGAUGUACCAUUUCACAUGUUUCAUAUCACACAUUUCAUUUCAUUCAUAUUCAUUGCCUUAUCAUAUUUUGUGUUAAAAUAUAUUAUUACUUUACUUUAUCUUUACUUUGUACAAAGAAGAUGCUCUGUGGUGUUGCUGUAGUGCAGCAAGACGGGAAGGGCUGCACCACUCAGUAGGUUUGGUGCUCCACUGAUGAUUUAUCAGAUUUCUUUUAGAAGACGAGGUUUCACAACUGUAGUUACUUCUCAAGGAUUAUGUACUUUUAAUUAGUGAGGCUUCUGUGUGUGUGUGUGUGUGUGUGUGUGUGUGUGUGUGUGUGUGUGUGUGUGUGUGUGUACUUGCAUUUGUGAGCAUUGUAAUUUAAAUGUUACAUUAUUAUAAAGAGAAUAAAUAAAUCAUUUCUAUUGAAA